UGUGGAUCAACAAAGGAAUAAAUAAUAUGUGAUGGAUAUUUCAUAGGAGCCACUCAGCUUCUUUCUCUCUCUCCUGCCAUGUCUUCCUUCGUCUGCAACCUCUCUUCCAUUCCUCCUCAAUUCCCUAUUGUUUAUUCGACUUCUUCACCUCCUUCUAAAGAUGUAAACUCAAGCCCAAAGACAGUGAAGCUGCGAGACGACUGGAGAAAGCGUUCAAGGCCCAUUCCACCUGGAGGCACUUAUCCAGCCAAAGACCAUUGCAGCCGGUGUGGGUUGUGUGACACAUACUACAUUGCUCAUGUGAAGAACGCUUGUGCUUUCUUGGGAGAUGGCAUGUCCAAGGUUGAAAACUUGGAACCUGUAGUCCAUGGUCGAGGGAGGAAAGCAGAUUCCUUGGAUGAGAUUUAUUUAGGUGUCCAUGAAGGGCUGUUAUAUGCACGUAAAAUUAACCCCGUUGAAGGAGCUCAGUGGACUGGAAUAGUUACAACCAUUGCAAUUGAGAUGCUGAAAGCUGGCAUGGUUGAGGCUGUAGUCUGUGUUCAGAGUGAUCCAGAAGAUAGAUUCAAACCAAGACCUGUAUUAGCAAGGACACCUGAUGAAGUUUUAGCUGCUAAAGGGGUCAAGCCAACAUUGUCUCCUAAUCUAAAUACCCUUGCACUAGUAGAGGCAGCUGGUGUGAAACGUCUUCUUUUCUGUGGUGUGGGUUGCCAAGUGCAAGCAUUAAGAUCUGUGGAGCAGUAUCUGAAUCUGGAGAAGCUUUAUGUAUUAGGCACCAAUUGUGUGGAUAAUGGAACACGGGAAGGACUGGAUAAGUUUCUUAAGGCUGCAAGUAGCGAGCCAGAAAGUGUUCUUCAUUAUGAGUUUAUGCAAGACUACAAGGUCCACUUGAAGCACUUGGAUGGUCAUAUUGAAGAGGUUCCUUAUUUCUGUCUACCAGCGAAUGAGUUAGUCGAUGUUAUUGCUCCUUCCUGCUAUAGCUGUUUUGACUAUACAAAUGGAUUGGCGGAUCUGGUGGUUGGGUACAUGGGUGUGCCAAAAUAUCAUGGAUGCAGCAUGACACAACAUCCACAGUAUGUGACAGUCAGAAAUGAACGUGGAAGAGAAAUGCUCAGUCUCGUAAAAAAUCUAUUAGAGAUUACUCCAACAAUCAGUAGUGGUGAUCGGCGACCAUUUGUUAUGGAAACUGUGAAGGCAGAUGAUAAUGCUAAGUUGGGGAGGGGUCCCUCUAAGCCAGCACCAAAGUUUGUUGGAAAUUUGAUAGCUUUUCUACUGAACUUGAUUGGCCCAAAAGGUCUGGAAUUUGCCCGUUAUUCAUUAGAUUAUCACACCAUCAGGAACUAUUUGCAUAUAAACCGCAAUUGGGGAAAACAAAGAGCUGACAUCCACAUGCCUUCAUAUGCAAAGAAAAUUGUUGAUAUGUACAACAAAAAUGGCCAAAUUGAUCAAAUGCUUUCUGGAAAAUGAAUAUCAAAUGGCAAUUAUACUGGACCGAUGAGCCUACGUGUAUGCAAAUUUAAGAUCGUACUUUUUGUGUGUGCAUUUGUAUUUUUGCAUUAUUGUGACAUACUACUUUAGACAAUUUUGGAGAGAUUGUUUAUAAUAAAAAUUAUUGUUUUCUCACUUCUCA